GGCAAGGGAAAUUGUCGAUGGCAGCAAAAGUUCCUUCAGGCCACUGGCUGCCUUUGGGGUUCAUGAAGAAGGGACUUGUAUCUCAUUGGCAAUUCAUGGUUGUGCUUGCCAGGGUAUCGUUGUGCAAUCCUGACAUACUGGAUAAGAAGGUAUUGCACGAUCAUGCACAACAGAUAUGGCGGUCUAUCGACGAGGAUGACAGACAGAUGAUCGUUUGUGGACAUGAUUCCACAGCAAAGAGAGGAAUGUGGCUUGUCGGUGCGGGUGAUGAUGGUGAGGAUGACAGCGACAAGGAUGUCACAUUUCGAUUUUUGGAUGAUCUGCAUGAGCGUUUCCAUUCUUUAGCUCUUGUGGGAUGGGUUCCGGUCAUUUGGAAAGAGGAACAUAUAGAUAACAGUCCUGUGCAUGUUACUUUUAAGGAUCCAUUGGGAGUUCCUUUCGACCUGGUUUAUGAAGGGGGUUUAUUGCGUCAUUGUAUGUUGAGUGGAGGCGAGGCAAGAGACCAUGCAGUUUCUGCAGAGCAAGAGGACGCAGAGCAGGAAGUUGGUGAGAAAACCCUGUUAUCAUGUCGCAACAUUUUCGCACAUUUGAUGGCAGGGGGUAAGGGUGAGGGAGAGGAGGCAUUUGAUGCACAAGUGGACAUGGAAAGUUUCGACAUCUUCAACGAGAAACUUGUUGCAGAUGCGUACAUCGACGAUGACUUCUGCAAGAUUCCGGAGUCAAAGGACAGCAGUGAAGCAGGAUGGUGUCAUGCCGUGCUGAGGUUGGCAAGACACUACAGUGAGCCGCAUCCCGCUUUACGUAUCGUUGAUGGAUCGGCGUCCCCCGAUGGAAAGCUAAUGCAGCUAGCAGUCUCAUCACUCAUGAGAACAUGUCAGACGGGGAAGGAUUUUUCCUGUGGUGGGAAGUCAUGGUUUGUGCUGGUAAAUAAAGAGGCUGUUAUGUGUACAUACGAAGGAUGGGGCGAUAACUUGGGUUGUGUAGUUGCUGGAGCAGUUGCUCGUGCUGAUGGUCAUGAUGUCCACCCUGGUUUGUCAAAUGCUACAGCUAUCUUGUCUACUAUCUCCAGAAAUCUAGGGCCCGGUGCAGGGUAGUUGAUCAUUUUGUCAUUGACAAGGAUUACAAAGAUCACGCAUAAUAAAUUAGUAGAAACUUU